CAUAGAUAAUGAGUUAGAACUUUUUUCACGCGGACAGAAGAAAAUGACCCGGCUAUAGUAAACGGGGGGAAAUCAUACAUCAGCACGCCUCAAUAAUAGUUUAUAAACCAUGGUUCUCUAUAGAUCUACUGUUGUAUCGGUACUAUUCGUCUAGUUUUACAUGUAUUCGAAAAAGCGUAUAAACUACUCAAAUCCCUUAAGUAAUAUCACCAGCCCAAAGAACAGUAAGGACUGUUUAUGGUUUGACUCCUGAAUGUAGACCCAGAGUAAUGUAAUGAACACGCCAUGUUGACUGGGUAACUUUAAUUAUAGCUACACCGGAAAUUCGCACCAUGGAGACCACAGUAGCGUCAGUUAUGGCGGCGCUUUUCAGGAAGUAGGGAACUUCGUGUAAACAAACGCCAAGCUUGAUUUAUGAACAGAGGAGCUUUCAGUAGCGUAUUUAUCUAGCGGGGCUUCUUUGUCUCAACUGUUGACCUACACCAUGCUCCACGUUACUACUGAGAUAGGCAAACCUGGAAAGAAAGAAAGAGAAAAGAGGCAUUUUCCAGAGCUGACAAAUCAACCUGGAGUUAUACCAGCAUACAAACCUCGAGGACGCCGAUACAUUUCACACAACAACGGACGUGAAGACGAAUGGAGGCCCCACAAUCAGAGUAUUGAUGUCGAGUAUACAGAAGCUGGGCCAGACUGGAGCUCACGACUCAAAUACAUCCCUCAUCCUGAGAAUCCUGAGUAUCCUGCGGCAGAAAUAUGGCCCAACAACUGGCGGAGCAUGCGACCUUACCCAUUCACAUACAAGAGAUCAAACAAUGAGUGGCUGUUAGAUCCAGGACUUACUAAAGUUGGUCUUCGCUGCAUGUUUGAAGGAGUUCACAAGGCAACAGCAACCUCAGUUGAUGAAAUAAACCACAGCAUGAUGUUUGGAAAAGGGAGGAAUGAGGAAGAGAUUGAUAAACGGAACUCCCUCACAGAAGCAUCUCCAGGAGAUAAAAGCUACCAGGUACCGGAGUACUCACCCAGUUUUCACAAACCAGGCUCUGGCAACUCUGUGCAAAAAUUCAGCAUGGGAAAUUCACCUUAUGCUCCUGUUGUAAGGGGAAAGCCUGACACAUUUGUGCCUCUUGUUCCACUGCCUCAGGUUAAAAGAGAAUCCUACCCCAAAAAGACAGAAGGACAACAAAGGCAGGAAGACAUUGAGGCGGUCAAGAAACUAGACACUUGGCUACCAGCAAAGCCCAUUGCAACAACAAUACCACAACUAGAUCCCUCAGAAGUAAAGAAAUACUAGGAUUUUGAUAUGAAACUAGUUUGCGUCAGUAUUUGUCCAGGCUGCAGAAGCCACAAUAUAAGAGUUUACGAACUGUGAUUCCAAACCACCGAAGAUGAAUUUUAAAGAGAAUUUAUUACCUUGUAUAUAAAGAGGUCAUUUUUCUCCCCAUUGGUUAAUCUGUUUCUCCUACUUAUAUAGAAAAACUUCUCCUACUUAUAUAGAAAAACUAUACUUACCUUCAUGUUCUUCUCUCUUUUUUUCCCCUUGGAGUCAUUCUUGUUGAACAUUUGCUGUACAUUAUAUUCAUCGAGGCUGUGACUAUUCAACUACUCAUUGCUAUUUAUUCGGGCACCACCACCCUUUUCCUUUUCCUUGCUUCUUAUAAACUAUUUUAGAAAGAGGUGGACUGCUUUAUUUGUUGUUGUUUUUUGUUAUUGUUUUUGUUGUUGUAUUAUGCCUGUUUUCCACAUUGGCAUGUCUUUUGACAUUGUAAAGGGUUUUAUAACUGAGAACAAAUAAUAAUAAUAAUGGAUAGCAUUUGUUUCAUGCAAAUUCCUACCCAACAGCAAGCUCUAGGUGCUUUCCAAUCUAUACUAUUAUUACCUCAGCAGACCUAAUAGCAUUCUCAAAAAAUUCCAACUUCCUUGGAAGCGUACAGUGUAAGCUGCCCGUUCACUUUCACUUUUUCCUUCCUCUGGUAUCCUUAGGAUGUUGAAAGGAGGUGCAAGUUUCGUUCCUGUG